GACUGAGUACAGCAUGUUGAAGAUGGUCUCUCAUCAAAAUGCUCUUUAAGCUUUGUGCGCUAAACUGAUAUCCGAUUACCUGUGUUUAUGAACAAAACAACUCAGAUGCAAAAUACGUCACUGUGUUUUUCAGACACCCCAUGUUAUCGAGACUGAAAUGGAAGUGGAUGGCAGCAAACAAGGAAAUGAUGAUGAAUUAGAUAUGUAUGGCAUUCCCGCCUCAAGUCUAAACCAGAUCAUUUCUGACAGUUCAGGGGAUGACAACUUACCUAGUUACUUUGAUUCACUGGAUUUCAGGAGUGGGACAUCAGAAAGUGGUGUCGAAUUUUCACUAGAUGAUUGUUCCCCAAGUCAAUGGAUAACCGAAUUUGUGUCGCUCAAAGUAAAGAGUGCUACUCCAAGUCAAGUUCCCUUACAGGGUGGGAAUUUGUGCUGUUUCACAUUUGAUCAGACCCUUCCCACAGAUGUUCAAUCAGGAAUUGCCAUGUUUGGACCGUGGGGCACUGUUGAUGUGAACAGGUGUAGAGAUGACUCCCUAGUUGGAAUGAAGAUUCCAUCGGCCCAGGAGCCUGGUUUGGUAACUGUUACAUUGAAGUCAAAAUUUGGCAUACCAUUAGGAGAGAUUGAUAUUUUGUAUGUGGACGAAGAGAAAGUGCUUGUUCAACGAGUAGUCAAUGAGCCACUCUUACAGUGCAAGCUCUUAAGGGAGCUGGAAGGUAAAGCGACAACAGCCGGUGAAGGUGAAACACAAGAUUCUGGAAAUCUUGAUUUCACAAAUCCAGUCCAUGUGUUACGCCUCUUAAUAUAUGCAGCAGCCGAAAGUGGUGCUCAGCAAUUUAUUGAAAUGAUAUUCAACUCUUCAGCUGGAAGAGUAGUCUUUGACGCUUACAAGGACAGGCCAUUACUGCCAGAGGUUAUUGCCAAGAGUCAUGGCAACGAGGAGACUGCCCAUUACCUUGAAGACAUAACCAAAAGAUUUUCUGAGGAGACCAUAACUGGUAAAGAAUGCUCUCAGAUAAUCGAUUGGUCUGAACUUGUGAAUGCUGCUGAGGCAGCAGAAAAACGGCUUGAUCUUACCAGCAAAAUAGAAAAUGAUCAAAUUCAAAAGGAUAUCCCCAAAGAAACCGGUUAUUUAGGAGAUAUCGACACAUCGUCCAGUGAAUCAUUGGAGGGUCAAAGCUCGGAUUCUGAUGAUGAUAUUUCAGGAACGUCAAGGAAAGGUAAUAUACUUAAGUUAGACCUUUAUAGCAGUCCGUCUUGUAUAUGCAUUUGGCUAUAUUUUUUUCCUGUCAAGCUCAGGUUUGAGUCUUCUUUGGUCACUGUACUUGUCCACUGUGCCGAACUGGGCAGAAGCCGGUUCACGCGGAGAUCAAGUAGUGUUCAAGUACAAUGUCAUAGUUUGCAACACUCAACAAUUAUGACUUUGAAAGUGAAGAAUGAUCAUCGCAGUAAAGUUUCCAAUCCAAGCAAUUGGAAAGAAGAAGCCUGA